AUGAGCGACGGCAGCAGCAGCAACAGCAUCGUCAUAAUCAUCAUCAUGUUCAUCAUCGCAUCGCAAUUGCCACAAAAGCAAAAGCAAAGCAACAGCAGAUGUUUAUGUGCCAUCGGUUGGGCCAAUGUCCAUUCGCUGGUGGAGUUUACGAACAUCAAAUGUGAAGUAGUGGACCCCGAUUUCUGCAACUUCGAAUAUUGCUAUCUGAAGUCGGUGAAUCGGACCUAUAAAUAUUUUAUGCUAAAAGUGAAUCUCUAUAAAACUCCAGUAACCAAAGUUAAGGUCAACUUUGCCAUUUAUAAUUUCGCCAAUGGCUAUAAGCCCUUUCUCUACAAUGUUACUGUUGAUGGUUGCAAGUUCCUAAGAAAUCCAAAAUCCAACCCCAUUGCUGGCUACGUCUAUGGUUUCUUCAAGGAUUUUUCCAAUAUUAACCACUCUUGUCCCUACGACCAUGACCUUGUGGUGGACAAACUUACAACUGAUUUGUUUAAUCAACGUAUGAAAUAUCUUCUUCCUUUUCCGGAGGGAAAGUACUUGUUCCAAAUGAACUGGAUGGCCUAUGACACUAUCAGAGCUGUGUUUAAGAUAUAUAUCCAAGUAUCUUGA